AGCCAUCUGCCCAGACUUUUUUGCAGCAAAAGAAGCUUGGAAGCCUUCUGAUGACUGGUCCAAGUUUGAUGUUUGGCUGAAAACUCGAGAUGCCAGGAAAAUAAACAAAGAAGCUGAUGCUGUCCUCAAGUGUCUUAAGGAACAGUGUGGUGCAAAGAAAUUAAGGGUCUUUGAUUUUUGCUGGAGUGGUAUUGCUGUACAUCACCUGAUGAUGAUAUACUUGGACUUAAAGGCUGGUGUAUCUCUUUAUGGUCUAAUCAAGAAUUCUGAUGAUAUAUCCAAUCUCCUGAACACUACAUUUUUCAUUUUUGCUGAAAAAGAUGACUUCAUUCCCCUUCAUCAAGUCACUCUGCUGGAGCAGAAGCUAAAGAAAGAUUGUAAAGUCGAUUAUGAAGUUAAAAUUUGUCUUGGACAAACUCAUGUUGUACAUAGCAGAAGAUAAGAUAUCAAUCCUCAAGAUAAGCCUUAUAGAGGAAGAAAGGAUAUGAUCAACUGGCUGAAUAAAUACAUUUCUACAUAA